AUGCGGACGACCGGACGCGACGACGCGAAUUGCUUCGUCGAGAACCCGCGCGCGGGGGAGACGACGAACGCGGACGUGCCCGGGGGGGCGCACGGGGCGCUGCGAGGGAUGCGGGUGGCGGUGAAGGAUAACGUGGACGUGCGCGGGAUGCGCGCGGGGGCGGGAAAUCCGACGUACUUGGAGACGAGAGGCCGCGAACCGGCGACGGCGCACGCGCCGUGCGUGGACAAAGUCUUGGCCGCGGGCGCGCGGUUCGUCGGGAAGACGCACAUGGAUGAACUGGCGUGGAGCUUGCAGGGGGAGAAUUUUCAUUACGGGACGCCGACGAACGCGCGAGGGAAAAUUCCGGGGAGGAUUCCCGGUGGGUCGAGCAGUGGAAGCGCGAGCGCGGUGUGCUGCGGACACGCGGACGUGGCGAUAGGGACGGACACGAUCGGGAGCGUGCGAUUGCCGGCGAGUUUUUGCGGCGUGUACGGCGCGCGGCCGACGCACGGGCGCGUCGACGCGACGGGCGUCGUGCCGUUGAGUCACAGCUUCGACACCGUGGGGUGGUUCACGAAGGAUGCGAAGACGCUGCGAGUGAUGGGUGAGAUUUUACUCGAUCCCGAGACGCGAGACGCGGAGACGAGCGCGAAGAUUGGACGCGGACGCUUAGCAGCGUGCAGCGACGCGUUUAGGCUCGUCGAUCCGGCGGUGAAACAGGCGAUGAACGCCGUGUUAUCUUCCGAGGGCGUCAAACGCGUGUUCAAAGAUGCUCGAGGCGACGCUAUGCCCGACGCCAUGGGAAUCGUGCACCUGGUGUUGUCCGACCUCGCGCUCACCGAUAAGAGCGGCGAGCGCGUGCUGCCGCCAAUCACGGAGUGGAGCGAAACGUUUCGCGUGAUCCAAACGCGCGAAGUCUGGGACGCACACGGGGGGUGGAUCAAGGAACACAAACCAGUGUUCGGACCGGGGAUUCGUGAUCGUUUCCGCGCCGCCGAGAUCGGCGUCGACGCGGCGACGAUGGACCAUCACGUCGCCUUGCGCGAGCGCAUUACGAAUCACCUCGACGCGCUCCUCGCCGACGGUACAAUCUUGAUUCUCCCCGCGGCACGCGGUCCCGCGCCUGCGGCGACUGAUUAUAACUCCGAGGCAUCGCUCAAGAAGCUCGCGGAGGCGCGGAGCGUAGCGCUCGCGCUCGGCGCGCCGGCGUCUCUCGCGAGACUCCCGUGCGUCGUCAUUCCCGCCGUGGAGAUCGAAGGCGAACCGGUCGGGCUGAUGCUCAUGUCGAGACGAGGCACCGAUGAGGCCUUACUCGCGUUCGCGGAGAAGCUCGCGUGGGUCAUAGGCUUAAAGGUACCGUAG